CUCUGCAGUGUGUGUGUUCUCUCUCUUUUGGGCCUUCUGUGUCUUCAAGUAUUGCUUGGAAGGUCAGAUUUGCUGCAAAUCUCUUCACUUCCCUAUCAUCAGCAGGUUUAAUUUCUGGGUUUAGCUUUUAGCUACUUGAGAGAAGAAAAGAUGGUGAGAGGAAAGACACAGAUGAAGCGUAUAGAGAACGCCACAAGCCGGCAAGUAACAUUCUCAAAGCGCCGUAAUGGGUUGCUGAAGAAGGCCUUUGAGCUAUCAGUUCUGUGUGAUGCUGAGGUUGCUCUUAUUAUCUUCUCUCCAAGAGGGAAGCUUUAUGAAUUUGCUAGCUCCAGCAUGCAGGGGUCAAUUGAGCGAUACCGCAGGCACACCAAGGAUAACAAUCCAGCUACACUUAGAUCAAUAGAACAAAAUAUGCAGUAUUUGAAGCAAGAAGCAGCAAACAUGAUGAAGAAGAUUGACCUUCUUGAAGCUUCAAAAAGAAAACUCAUGGGAGAAGGUUUGGGAUCUUGCUCUAUUGAUGAACUGCAGCGGAUGGAACAACAAUUGGAGAGGAGUUUAAGCAAUGUUAGAGCAAGAAAGACUCAGUUUUUCAGGGAACAAGUUGAGCAACUAAAAGAAAAGGAAAAAGCCCUAGUUGAUGAAAAUGCCAGGCUCUCUGAGAAGUGUGGUAUGCAAUCACAGCCAGCAACACGGGGAGAAAAUCAACCCCAAUCCUAUACAGAAAGUUCUCCAAGUUCAGAUGUGGAGACAGAAUUGUUCAUUGGACUUCCAGAUACAAGAACAAAGCGCAUCCCUACUCAGGCCUAGUUGAAGAUUAAUCCCUGGCUGUGAAAAAAUAAAAUAAUUUGUAUUUCAGACUCAGUAUUCAGCACUUUCACUUUCACUUCAGUUGUAUGGUUCAUGCCAUCAGUGUAGGAGUUUAACACAUGACUCCUGAGCUUUCUUAGUUAUGGUUGUUUUGGUGUGGCAUGUGAUGUGUAAAAUUAACAACAGAGUCAGUUAUAUAAGGACAAAGAAAAUUGUACCUUGAGUUGAUUAAUUACACACAUCAUGCCAUUUUACACUUUUUUGGAUGCACGAGUUUGUGCAUUCUGUAAGGAUGACUUUGGCGAGGUCUCUGUGAGGGUGACUUUGGAAAGGUACUUUUU